AUGGACCCACCGGCAAAAAGCUACGCUGCCGGCAUUGUAGACCUAUGCGACGUCGAUUCGGACAAUGAUGAGGUUGUGGUUGCCGCCGCAAAGCCACCCGCGAGAAGAAAGCGAGACACCGACAGCGAUGACGACAUUGUGGAAGUGUUGGAGACCCGAAAGCGCCCUCGUGGCAACUUGAAAAAAUCAGACGAUGAUGAUGACGUUGUGGAAGUUGUCCACACCAAAGCAAUGCCCAAGACACCUCUGCAACAAGUGCUGGAAGUCUUCCCAGAUGUCAAACAUGAUCAUGCCAACCAACUCUUGAAGGAACACAGCAAUGUUGCGGCCAAUGUCAUUAAUGCGCUUCUGGAGAGUGGACCGUCUUAUCCCAAGGAAGACCGAAAACCAGCCGCCUCGGGCAACAUGCAAGCCAACAACAAAUGCGAACCGAAAUACAACUUUCUCUCGGCGUCCUCUUUUGAACCAACCAGAGAUUACAUUGAGGAAAGCGCCGAAAAACUAGUGUUGGAAUUCCCAGGCAUACUCACCAAAAAGGGAGCCAAAUUCUUCCUGCAGCAGAGCAACAAUCACUAUGCUAUUGCCUUUGAAAAGCUGGUUCGCUCUCUGACGGGCAGAGGAGAUCGCAGCACUGCCAAGGCCUCAUUGAAUGGAACUGAAGAUUCUGAAAUCAAGCAAUACGAAAAACUUACAGCAGCCAAAAAAUCAUCAACAAUCGACAAGGAACAAAAGGAUCGGAUGAAGAGAGAGUUCAAUGCCACUCCCAAAAAGGAUCAUUUCCGUGCCAGACCAGCAAACUUCAAAAACAGCAAUGCUCGAAUCAAGAAUUCAAUCCUAACAGAAGAGGCUGCCUUUUGCAAGCGAAAGCUAGACCUUUGGAGAGAGGAAAUAGACACCAAAGUGCAAAAGAAAGUCAACAGGGAAACAGCCAUCAGGGAGGGAACCGCCGUCGAGUGUGGGUGCUGUUACGAUAAGGUGGCAAUGGAUGAAAUGGUGCAGUGCAGAAUAGAAGGGCAUUUGUUUUGUGGGGAGUGCCUGGCUCAAUACGUCGAGAACCAAGUGUUUGCAAAUCAAAGCUUUGGCAAGGACCCAAAGACAAGGGAACCUGCGCUGGAACUACUCUGCUUUCAUGGAGAUGGUUGUUCGUCGGGAUUUGACCGUUUCUUCCUGCAACGAUCUCUGAAACCAAAGGUCUUGGAGAAAUACGACGAACUGCAAAGCCGAAUCAAUGUCGAAAAAGCAGGCUUGGUUGCCAUGAUGUGCAGCUGCCCCAAGUGUGGGUACUCGGCUGCAGUGGAUAAAGCGCAGAACAUCUUUCUGUGCCCCAAUGUGGAAUGCCGCUUUGAAUCAUGCCGUCAUUGCCGAGAAGAGAGUCAUAUUCCUCUCCGCUGCGAUGAAGUGGAGAAGAAACAGGAAGAAGAUGCUCGUACAAGGGUUGAAGAGGCUGCAUCCAAUGCUGUCAUACGCUUUUGCCCGGCGUGCAAAAAAGGCAUGGUCAAAGAAAGUGGAUGCAACAAAAUGACAUGUGCUUGUGGAAUUCAUUUCUGUUACAUUUGCCGCGAGAAGGUUCAGGACUACAAGCAUUUCUGCCAGAUUCCGCACUGCCAGCACAGAAAAGGGAAGGAUAAGAAGUGCUCUGGAUGUCCUCUGUGGACAAAGGAUCUCGAUGCAACACAUAAUAAGGAAAUGAGGGAAGCUGCACUAUCAGAGGCAGCCCGCCUUGAAGCCGAAGCUUCUGCAUCAGGUUUGCAGCAGCAAGAAAAGAAGGCGGGGUUAUUCGGGCAGACAGAAGACAAAGCAAAGUCUUUGCAACCCGCAAAAGUAAAGGUUGAUGUUGAAAGCAUUUUGCAAGCUCCAAAGGCAAGAGCUGCUGCCGUGGCGCGUCGUGUUGGUUGA